AUGGCCGAAGGACCUGAUCCAGUUGUUGCUGAUCUCGAGCAAGAAGUGACCUGUGGCAUCUGUCAUGACCGCUACCAGGAGCCAAAGCUGCUCCCUUGUUGUCACUACUACUGCAAGCAAUGCAUCCUCACACUCUCCAGUCGCUACCGACCCAACCAGCCGUUCCCCUGCCCCGACUGUCGUGAGCCCACUCUAUUGCCAGACAACAACCCAGACAGACUGCCCACUGCGUUCUUCAUCAACCGGAUGAAAGCACUCCACUCGAGGAUGGAGAAAGCCCAUGGCAAGUUGGAGACCACCUGUGAAAUGUGCUCUGGGGGAAAGGCCACUGCAUUCUGCCGACAGUGUGUCAAUUUCAUCUGUGAAGAUUGUGUGAAGUGUCAUAAACGAUUGAAAGUAUUUGCCGGACAUGCCAUCUCCACUCUGGACGACCUCAAACAGGGCGGAGUGAAAGAACUAACAUUCGAAAGCCCACCACCCCCAAAAUGUGAGGAUCACGAGGAACUAAAAAAGAUUUUUUGCUUCGAUUGCAACAAGCUCAUCUGUCGAGACUGUAUCGUUAUUGAACACGCUGGACACAAUUACGAAUUUGUAAAGAAAGCCUCCCCAGCAACUCGCAAAAAGCUGACGGAGCACCUCUCCCCACUCAAGAACCUACUGCCUGAUCUGAGCACCGCUGUGAAUCAAGUGAAAGGAACUAAACAGAAGAUCCAGGCCCAGAAAGAACUGACAGAGAGACAAGUGAAUGCCAAGUUCCAGGAGCUACACGAUAUUCUCGAUCGAUGCAAGGUCCAUGUUUUACGAGAAUCUUCUGCUUUGGCUGAUUCAAAGAUGGAGAAACUGACGGUUCAAGAGAAGGGUCUGGACCUGUCUCUGGGCACUGCUCAGAGUUUGAUUGACUUUGUAGAGCGUACACUGAAGAAUGCAAGUGAUGAAGAACUGAUUACGAUGCAAGAGCAGGUGGUGAGUCGAAUCGAUGCCGAGGUGGUGAAGCGAGAGAAGGAAGCAGCCAAUCCUGAUCCAGUGGAGAAAGAUGAUUUUGGAGUCCAAGUGUUUGUUUGUGAGGAUCUCAAGAAGUUGUGUGAGAACAACGUUUUUGUGUAUAAUGGUACUAAAGUUGAUCCAACAAAGUGCACUGUGGAAGGAGAUGGAGCUAAAAAUGCUGAAAUCGAUAAACCUGCUUGCUUUUCAAUCAAUACACACCAGCCACAACAAUUUUCUUCAAAAACUAAAUCGACUCUAAGAUCGCUAGUUGAUGAUACAUCCCAACAAUUGCAAGCAGUGCCUGUGAGGGGUGGAGUGUACAGUAUUGAGUACACCCCUAAGGUACGUGGUCGACACCACCUCCUGAUCUCAGUGGACGACCAGCCCAUCCCAGGAAGCCCCUUCUCUGUGUUCAUCAAAAUACCCCCCACCAAGCUAGACAAACCAGUGAGGGUGAUAAGAGGAAUCAAGAACCCUCGGUAUAUGGUAUUCAACUCAUCUGAAGAACUGAUAUUAACUGACUAUAGCGAUAUUUUGGUGUUUGACAAGAAAGGAAAACAAAUUCGAAGCAUCAGCCAAUCAAAGCAUGGGUUUGGCAGUAUCUAUGGUGUGGCAGUAGACAAGGAGGACAACAUCUAUGUCUGUGACUGCACCAAACACUGUGUGUACAAAAUCAACAAAAGAGGAGAUCUGCUAAAGAGGUUUGGGACAAAGGGAAGUGGUCCAAAGGAACUCAACUGCCCUCGAGGGAUAGCAGUCGCUGGUGAUCAAGUGUUUGUGUGUGACGAUCAAAAUCACAGAGUCCAAGUGUUGACAACAGAGCUGGAGCAAGUCAAGCAGAUUGGUUCAUACGGAACUGGUAAUGAGCAUUUUAACGGACCAGAGGAUGUUGCAGUGGACAAUAAACAAAUGGUGUAUGUCACUGACUAUAGUAAUCAUCGUGUUCAAGUGCUCACUAUGGAUGGUCGGUUUAUUCGCUCGAUUGGAAAGAAAGGAAAUGGACAAGGAGAACUGUCUUCCCCUUGUGGUGUGUGUGUCACUGGUUUUGUUUAUGUUUUUGAGGAUGGUAACAAGCGUGUGUCAGUGUUCACUAAAGACGGUCAGUUUGUCACAUCAUUUGGUAAUGCUCAUAUCACUAAUCUUUAUAGAGUUUAUGGAGUAGCUGUGGACAGUGAUGGUUUUGUUUAUGUGCGCAGUCACGGAUCUGUUGUUAUAUUUUAGUUAUUAUUUGUGUGUGUGGGCAGUAGCAAUCUGUGUUUUAUGUGUAUGUAAUAAUUUACUUUUGAUUGAGAAGCAGUUAGUUCUACUGA